AUGACUAGUCAACACCAAGACAUUUUUAAUUCAUCUUGUUCUCUUUCAACGUAUUAUUCUGAUUAUUACCCUUACCAACAAGGUUUUGCUAACUCUCUUUCAUUUUCUUAUUCUAUGUCUUUACCUCCAGGAACUUAUUCUCCACUUCUUGUUGUCACUCCAAUGCAUACACCAAUGGUAGAAGAUGAAGAAAAAUCAAUAAACCAACAACAAACUAACUUAUCAUCAACAAAUACGGUUGAACAAGAUGUUUUUGUUUUUGAAGAACAAAUAGAAUAUUCCAACUUGUUACGUCAAAGUACAAUUCCUAUUUUUGUUAAUCCCUCAUCGAUCCAAAAUAAUAUAGAAAUAAAGGAUGAAAUAGAUGACUUUAUUGUUGGGUCAUUAGAUGAAGAAUGUACUUUUGAAGACAACAUUCUCAGUGAAGAAAGCUCAGAAAAUAAUGAUGAUGAUAGAGAAGGAUUACAGAAUGGUGAAGAGUGUCAGUUGAUUCAAGAAAUAUUUGAUCGGUUGUGUCAAUUAAAAAGAGAUGGUGAAGAAAGAAAUAAAAUACUUCAGAGUAUUAUUGAACAUCAGAAAUAA